GAAGAGGGAAAUUUUAGACAGAUUUUGUAUGCCAGUCAGUUGUUGCUUUGUCGGAAUUUGUUCGCCUAAAUGCCCUCAUGGGCGCCAUAAAUCACACAGAUAUGCCAGCGCAUACAGAAAAAUAUGGAAAGGGAAGGAGAAAUAUAUAUAAGUAUAUAUAUUCACAUUUAUGUGUAAAUAAAUGUGUGUACCAAUAGAUAGCCACAAACUGGCUGUGUUUUUGCUGGGGUACAUAAAACAUAAACGUCUAUUAUUCAAUUAACUCGCACAGUGGGUUCGUUCGCCGGCAGGUGCAGCAGUCAGGGGUCGUUUCCCGGGUCCCGACAUCAAUUACGAGUACGUUGUGGCAAACAGCCAGUCGACAACAGAGUAGAAAUGAGAAAGGAGCCGGAUUCCCACCAUUGGAAGGAUGAGGAGCAGUAGCUAUCGCUCUGUGGUCUGGUAAUUGUACGACAACAUGUUAACACCGAAAGCAGCCACAUUCCCCUCCAAUCCACAGCCACAUACCCAUCCGCUAUCGGUACAGGCCCAUUGGCCAACCCCGCCUGCUAAUGUUCCCUUACAGUGGGUUCUUUGGGUGGAGUGAAGUGGAGUGGGGAUGGAGAUGGAGAUGGAGGCGUGGCUGCCAAGUGGGUGUAAGUGCUGAAUGAAACUCAUUUAGAGCGCAAAUCGAAUAAUAUUCUAAAUCAAUUACGUGCAACUACGACAUGAUCGAUAACGCAAUCUAGCAUAGGAAAAAGUUAACUACUCCUUACCUAAAUGUGCAGAAAGCUGUCUAAGACUUUAAUUGAUUUACAAAGUUCCUGGAUUCCCAGGCCACAAGCACCCAGAACAAGACCAACAUUUUGGUGCGAACAGCAGGCAAGGCAAACAAAACCAAGCCGCCGGAAGCCUCGAACUCGGAGCCUUCGCCUCAGGGGCUCAGCCUUGACCAGCCCAAAUGCUGUUUGGGAUUUUAAAAGAGUUGGCCCCAUGUCAAGUUGGGUGUACAUGCAGCCCAGUCGCUCCAACCAACAGAUCCCCUCUUUAAACCCAGAGAGCUAUCAAUGCGGGGAGCAGAGGACAAACUUUUGGGCAGAGAUGCAACAAAAGCCAGGACAUCGGCAAUUUGUGGCCGGCAGAGACUCUCUUAUGUCCAUUGGAUUGGAUUGGAUUGGAUUGGAUUGCCAGCGGGAACGGGAACUGGAGAUGACAGAUGGGACGUGGUGCCGCCCACUGUCGCCCACUGCCUCGUAUUUUCCCGCUUUUCCUCCAUGGGGAGCAAUUGUGCGAGAGGCGGGUUUUUGGUUUUUAAAAAAUACACGAUGUCUAUCGAUGGGCGUGUCACAGCGUUUGCCAUUGAUUUUAUGGCCGAAAAGGCGAAGCGUUAGGGCAGAAGACAAGAAGGGCAAAUAAGCGAAAAGAACAAGCCCAAGGCAUCGAAUUCUGAUGGACAUUCUAGUGGCAUGUGCAGUUGGCCUUAUUGGGAUUACGACCUCAAAUAAAACGGGCAGCCUUUAAAUCGAUUAAAUCAGCAGUUUCUUUUGCUUGCCUUAGACUGAGCUAGAAAAUUAAUUAUUAAAUUAAAGUUGUAUAAAUAGUAGGUUUAAAACAAAUUAAUAAAAUAUUAAAUUCAAUUUUAAAAUCACUAACUUUAGUUUCACUUUGUUGAUGGUUCGCUUAGCUUGCGGAUUAUCUCAGUCUGCAUACGUGAUAUUUUAUAUUCAUCAAUUUUAAUCUGUGAUACGAAUUUUGAAUUUUCUUUUAACGUAUGCACAGUUGUGUACGAAAUUGAUACAUUUGCCUUUUCCAUAAUUCUCUUUAUUUGACAGUUUUGUGUGUUAUUUAACUUUUCGAUCUGAGAUGAGAUGCAUAUUUGUGAGCAUGGAUUUAUUUCCAUUUGCAGUUAUUUAAAUAUGAACAUAGUUUAUGACA